AUGGUUUUGACCCACCGCGAUCAAAAGAACACCACCCUGGUUGCUGCAGCUGCUGCUUUGGCCGGCAGAAGAAGCAUUCUUCUGUUGCAACUACACCCGAGGAGAAUCGAGCCCUAAGAAUGGGUGAUUCUGAUGAUGAAGAGAUGAACCUCUCCUUGCUUCCCAAGAGGUUUGGAAACUCAACAUUUCUUAUUGAUUCAAUUCCAGUAGCAGAGUUCCAAGGUCGUCCACUGGCAGAUCAUCCAGCUGUAAAGAACGGUCGCCCACCUGGUGCUCUGACCAUUCCUCGUGAACUUCUUGAUGCAUCAACUGUUGCAGAGGCAAUCAGUGUAAUCUCUUGCUGGUACGAGGAUAAGACUGAGUGGGGACAGCGUGUUGGGUGGAUUUAUGGGUCUGUAACCGAAGAUGUGGUCACUGGGUACAGGAUGCACAAUAGAGGAUGGAAAUCAGUUUACUGUGUGACCAAGCGCGAUGCUUUCCGAGGGACUGCACCUAUCAAUCUAACUGAUAGGCUUCAUCAAGUCCUCCGGUGGGCUACGGGUUCUGUUGAAAUUUUCUUCUCUCGGAACAAUGCUUUACUUGCCAGCUCAAGAAUGAAGCUUCUGCAGAGGAUUGCCUAUCUCAAUGUCGGCAUCUACCCUUUCACCUCCAUAUUCCUGAUUGUCUACUGCUUCCUCCCUGCGCUGUCUCUGUUCUCCGGCCAGUUCAUUGUCCAGUCCCUUAAUGUUACUUUCCUUACAUACCUUCUGGUAAUUACUGUGACUCUGUGUCUGCUAGCUGUCCUCGAAAUUAAAUGGUCCGGCAUUGAGUUAGAGGAAUGGUGGAGAAAUGAGCAAUUUUGGCUUAUUGGAGGAACUAGUGCUCAUCUUGCUGCCGUGCUUCAGGGGCUUUUGAAAGUUAUUGCACGAAUUGAAAUUUCGUUCACCUUGACAUCGAAAUCAGGUGGUGAUGAUGUGGAUGAUGAAUUUGCUGAUCUUUAUCUUGUGAAGUGGACAUCGUUGAUGAUCCCGCCUAUCACAAUCAUAAUGGUUAACCUGAUUGCAAUAGCAGUUGGUUUCAGUCGCACAAUAUACAGCGUCAUUCCACAAUGGAGCCGAUUGUUAGGGGGAGUUUUCUUCAGUUUCUGGGUAUUGGCUCAUCUCUACCCUUUUGCUAAAGGGCUAAUGGGAAGAAGAGGGAGGACUCCUACCAUUGUUUUUGUCUGGUCAGGGCUCAUUGCAAUCACCAUAUCUCUUCUCUGGGUAGCUAUCAACCCACCUUCUGGAACAAACCAAAUUGGAGGUUCAUUCACGUUUCCCUGAUAAAUCAUUCUUUUCUGUCAGAGUUCCGUAUGAUAUUCCAUUGAAUUCUUGUACUUCAAAGUUAAUUAUGUUAGUUAACAGACUAAUUUAUUUUCUUUCUCA